AACACGUUCCCGCUGAAUCAGGGCGAGUGUGUUCGACUCAGACACAGACAGCACAGCAUUGGCUAACUCUCUCUCUCCCACAGACACAGAAGCGAGUGUCUCACAACCAAAGCAAACAUAGCCUUAUUAACGUGACAAGUUUGAGACUCAGGGAGACACGACUGACUGCCUACUGUCAGGGAAGAGGAGGAAGCUGGGGACACUUGACUUACCAACACAACCAAUCCAGAGAACCUGGAGGGAGGCAAUCCUUCCCUCUGCGUAUGCUGAGGAAUACACCCUACACACAACAACAACUACAAGCCUGAGAAGAAGAGAGACCAGUGCCACGGUCUUUCUCUUUCUCUCUUUAUACCUCUCUCUCCUGCUGUGGAGCUCUGUCCUCGUCUCUCCAGUCCCUCAAGGUAUUCUGCUGACCUGACUGCCUGAUCUGCUGUCAUCAUGUCAGAAGGAGAAGAAUGUCGCUCUCCCAUCGGUCUGGACUGCUGCUCCUGCUGCCUGGACCUGGCCAACUGUGACGACCCAGCUAGAAGUGGGGGCCAAGGCAGAGGCCAAAGCACCCCUCUGAUGGGCAGCCCCACGUCGCUUAGCCACUUCCGCCAGUUCCGUGAGCAGCUGACGUUCCAGAACCAGAACGUGAACACAGACAAGCUGAACAGCAUGAUGAGGCUGGACUCUCUGGAGUCUGUGGUCAGAGACCCCUGUUACCUGCUCAACGAGGGCAUCUGCAACAGCAACAUCGACCAGACCACACUGUCCAUCCUGCUGUUCUUCCACAGUGCCUCGGGUGCAAGCGUUGUUGCCAUUGACAACAAGAUAGAACAGGCAAUGGAUCUGGUGAAGAACCACCUGAUGUAUGCCGUCAGGGAGGAAGUGGAGAUCCUCAAGGAGCAGAUCAGAGAGCUGGCUGAGAAGAACAACCAGCUAGAACGUGAGAACAGCCUUCUGAAGAACCUGGCCAGUCCAGAACAGAUGGAGAGCUUCCGCGAACGGGUUCCGUCCGACUCAGACGCUCUGGUCCCCCUGCGGCUGGACAACCAGUACCAGCAGCAGGCUCAGCAGUACCAGCAACAGGCCCAGAUUGGACUCCAUAACCCUGACCAGUCCUGCCACAUCAGCGCUGGCUCUGCUGUGUAGGUGGUUCUGCCUUGGACAGUUGUAAACUAAUCGUCGCUGCCAACUUCAGUGAAGCUGCCUGUAACAGACGAUGAAACACAACGGAGCGCGUGGAAAGGUGCUCUAACUAGCGGCUAGAGGCUGAAGCUAUGAGCUAAGAUGAGCCUUUCCUACGACAUCUAGACUCUUUCUCUUUAGACAAAAGCUCUAAACGAGAGGGCUCACAUGUAGCCAGCCGGAGAACGCUUGCAUUGGGACAGAGGGGAGGAUCUGGCCUUCUAGGGCCAGGAGGGCCAACCCUUCAGCCAUUCUCUACCACCCCUGCUACAGAGGGGAGGCUCCGGCCUUCUGGGGCCAGGAGGGCCAACCCUUCAGCCAUUCUCUACCACCCCUGCUACAGAGGGGAGGCUCCGGCCUUCUGGGGCCAGGAGGGCCAACCUCUUCAGUCAUUCUCUACCACCCCUGCUACAGAGGGGGGAGAGGGCUAAAAGACAGGGCUGACCCGGGGAUCUGAUCCUGGGGAUGCCUCUCCACGCCAGGGUGGCCCGUCCUCCAGGUUACCUCUCCAGGUCCAGCCAAGGAAAAAGGAAAUAUUCUCCAAGACAGACAGAGAGACGACCUUCCAGUCUCUGCUAGGCCCCCCCCCCUCCCCCUGUGUAUUUCCUCUUCUGACAGUACAAGUUCUGAGGAGUCAGUCAGACAAUAUCUCUACUAUCUUGUGACUGUUUCCACCUGCCACCAUCUACUGAUAUUCUCUGUCAAUAUUCCUUAAGAAGAAGCAACGUGUCUUCGGGGGCAAACCAAACCUGAGCUCCAGUACAGCGAGUAGAGGAGAAGGAGGAUCUACGAGAUCCUGGACUGUUGCUGGAGAAAGAGAAUCUUGUUGCUUCUCUAUCUCAACCUCACUGCCGAUAACUGAUUGCCAUAAUCAUGAUUCAGAUCAUCAUUACUUGUAUUCUCUGCAGUUGGGUUGUGUUGCUUAUGGGGGAAAAUCCUGCCAUUUUACUUUUCUUCUGAUUCUGAACAAAAUGGAAUACUUGUUAAUAGGAGCGUUGUAACUGUUCAGUUAUUGAUUUAUUAUGGGGAUGGAAGUAUCUACUACCCAGUAUGCCUAGCUCUGUACAUUUUACUAACAUGUUCAGAGUAGUGGGCUGGAGAUGAAUUUGAGCAGCUGAUUUUUUCUCUAAAGGCUUUGAAUGCUAUCCUGACCUAGCAGUCAUGUUCUGUGUGUUCAGAUGCCAACCUCAACUUGAAUCAAUGGCAUGACUCUAGUGCCUAUCUCCAGAAGAGGAAUACCACAGUUCCACAAUGGACUUUUGUGUUUUAUAAUUACCAAAGACUUUGUCUCAUUCGUACUCCAAACGAAACCAAGCAACCUGGACCAUGUGUACAUCGUUCACAGGGAGAACUCUUGUUAGCAGUAAUGUUUAGUUUUUUUGAUAAACGUUGGGUAUUGUUGCUGUAUUGUGUCCAUGACACAGGUAUAUAUUUUUAAAAGGAUGUAAUGGACAUUUGCAAUAAACCCUUUGUUUCCCG